GGCCCACAGGCACACCCAAGAUUCCCUAAGACAGCCCCAAAAAGCGGCUGGCAAGACUCCCGCAGCUAUUUUGGUUCAGGGCACUCGUCGCGCAGGCUCCCUGUGGGGACCUCGUCUGCACCAGCUACAGCUCGGCGAAGCACCGCCAUGAUGUCGUCCCUCGGGGGAUACGGCCGAGGCCCCACGGCGGGCUUCGGCGCGGGCGGCGCAGGAUACGGCGCGGGUCACGGAGGCCCCGGCGCGGGCGCCGCGAAUGGCGCCGCCGCCGGCGCGCACGGCGCCCGUGCCGCGUACGGCGGGGGCGCGGGACACGGCGCUGGCUUCGGAGGACACGGCGCUGGCGGCGCGCUCGGCACGGGCGGGGGCGCACGGCGCUGGCGGCGCGCUCGGCACGGGCGGGGCGCACGGCGCUGGCGGAGCGUACGGCACGGGCGGGGCGUACGGCGCCGGCGCCGGGGGCCCUUGUUGCGGCGCGGGUUGCGACGAGGGCACUGGCUGCGGCGGCGGCGGCGGCGGCACGAUCCUGAGCUACGUGGGCAGGGGGGGCGACUACGUCCAGGAGGCCAGCUACAAGUACGUGGGCGCGGGCGGGCGAGUUCGGGGCGGUCCGUAUCCCUGGGCGCGGUCCGAACUGCUGCCUGAUUUGUCUCGUCCCCCUGGGACUGUCGCUCCUUUUGUUACCUUUGCUGCUCUUCGCAAUGGCACCAGGAUCGACGACGACCACCACCACGACGACGACGAUGACGACUACCGCCCCGGUGAUCAUCACAACCACCCCGCCACCUGACACCACCACCGAGAAGACCACCGCCACAAAGGUUACGACGGUUGCACCGCCCCCGCCGCCGCCGCCGCCCCCGCCACCACUCCCACCUAAGCCGACCGAGUCGCCGACCACGCGAAAGCAGAUCAACUGCGGCGAGGGCGACGCCGUGUCAUGGGAUGUACCCAAGAAGGUACACUGCUGCCUGCUCGAGGGCAAGGGGUGCCCGACGACGCCGGCCGCGCCCAGCACCAUGCCGGCGCCAGUCGUGCCCGUCGCGCCAGUGAAGACAAUGGCGAUGAGCACCACGUCCCCGUGCCCGAUUGACUGUAGUGCUGGCUACAACGACCUCGACUCGCUGCAGUGGGUGCGCGGCUGGUCUGGCGAGAAGAAAAUGUAUUGCUGCAAGACCGCCAACAAGGGCUGCCCAUCGGAGCUGCCCCCGCCCUCCGGUCUGCCGCCAUCGGACGCGCCCGCCGAGCCAGACAACAGCGUGUACGACUGCGACGCGGGGUACCACCACUGCAUGCAUUGCCUCGAGCUGUCGUGGUCCCCGCAGAAGAUCGGCUAUUGCUGCAAGAAGGCUGCAAGGGCGUGGAGCCAGAGUGAGAAGCCCGCCCGCGCGGCUCUGCCGAAGAGGCCUGACGCGGGGAUGCCACGCGCCUCGCGGGCGGCGGUGCCUCUGUCCACUUACUUUUGCUUCUGCUGGUGUUAGGCGGGUAGGGGAGGGGGCGGAGGGUUGUCUCGAUUUACGCUCCGACUAUUUUUUGGGGGGUUGCAGUCGAGGUUCGCCAGGCGGGAGGCAAAGCUACACCCGUUGGUGAAAGUCGCUGAGUGAGGCUCCCCCCCCACUUCGUCGACCGAAUAUUCUUUACGUCGUGCAAUGUUCUGCCAGCUGCAUGCCACCGGUCGCUGACCAGCUAUGUGCUGAGUCAGCGUCGACAGGACACAAAGAAACAAACAACUUCUGGGAGCCUCCCAGGACGCGUCCCGCAGGC